GCAAUAACUAGAUCGUAUCAUCCAUAAUAAAUCGACUCAAUCUUCGAUGAAAUAAUUUCCGCGAUAUUAUUUGCGACAUGCAAUCUCUUUCUCUUCCUGUCCCCGUGGCGGUAUUCAUUCGUCGGCUCUUCAACGUGUUCUCGUCAAUCACAGUGUCAAGUCAAUAUUAUCUUCUACAGAAGGCCGAAAGUGAAUCCGGGAAGGAUGGAAGAAUCAAUGGGAAAGCGUUACGAAGGUCUGAAGGCUCGCCAGUGAGGUCAGAAACGUUACUAGCGCGUAGUGUUAAGGGGCAAGGUGAACGAGAUACAGCUAAUUUGUUUUUACACUCGCACUGGGGCCGUUUAAAGCCUUGGCCAUGGAACACAGCUUCCGCGCAUCCUACUCGGAGAGCACAUUCUGUCUCCGUCGACGAGGCAAAUAGCCAAGGCUCCGUUGAGGAGAACCAGCCAACCGAGAAACCCACUCCUCCGAGUACUCCUUCACCAGAGCGUCGAACGCCUCCCACAUCUCAUACAACCCCAAACGAGCCCCUGACCCCCAUUUAUUCUCUCAUGCUCAAUCCGACUCUCUUUGACCCGAUCCGAGCACCUCGAAAUCCCAUUGUCCUGUGUCACGGCCUGUAUGGUUACGACGUUAGAGGACCAUCGAAUUUCCCUAUGCUUCAACUACAUUAUUGGGCACACAUUCUUAAGAUACUGAAGAAGAAAAUUGGUGCAGAGGUUAUUGUAACCGGGGUUCCUGGCACAGGCUCGGUAGAAUCGCGAGCGGAGCGGUUAGAUCAAUAUUUGCGUAAAGCGGCCCCUGGGCGCGACAUCAAUUUUGUGGCUCAUUCAAUGGGAGGAUUAGACUGUCGACAUCUUAUUACGCAUGUGAAGCCGAAGGAAUACAAUCCAGCUUCGCUAACAACGGUCUGUACACCUCACCGAGGAAGCCCAUUCAUGGACUGGUGCAGCGAAAAUAUUGGGAUUGGGAAGCUUCAACGACAGGCAGAAAAAGUGUCACAGAAGGCGUCCGAAUCCACGGACACACCGACAGUUUUCUCGUUAACGAACUUGCCAUCUUCCUUGACGACGCUUCUUCUGUCUGUCCUUGACUCGCCAGCAUAUGCAAAUCUCAGCACCCAAUAUCUGCAGAAUAUCUUUAAUCCAGCGACUCCAGAUGAUCCUCGCGUCCGCUACUAUAGCGUUGCUGCUCGAACGAAAAGUAUGAACGUGUGGCACCCGCUGUUUCUUCCAAAGACGGUCCUGGAUGGCGUUGAAGCUCGCGAACGAGAGGAGCAUUCUCAUCCGGAAGAAGAACAAUGGGGUAACGAUGGUUUAGUAACCGUACGGAGCGCACGCUGGGGUGAAUUCCUGGGUAUACUAGAGGGUGCAGACCACUGGGAUGUCCGCGGAGGAGGGGGGUUAGGGCCUGACAAUGAAUGGAAUAUUGACCUUGCUCUCCCGAACUCUCUGAAGAACAGCCUCUCGGAUCCAUUCUCGCACGUGAAUGUGAACUUCAACUGGAAAGACUGGAGCCGGUUGGUCGGCGCGUGGCGAAAAGAGGUAGAGGAUCGAGAGGAUCGCGAACGGAAAUCUCCAUCAGAGAAGAAGAGCUCUGCAGACGAAUCACAGAAGUCAAAGGACAGGGAGGCGGAGGAUGCUGCGCUGAAAUCAUCCACCGAUAAACUUUCAGCUGUAUUUGACUGGAUCGUUGAACAAGUUCCUUACUCCCCGCGUAACUCGUCAACAACUACUACUCCAAGCUCCGCCGAUAUCCAGUCUUCCCCUCCAAGACCAUCCGCGUUUGUCUCUCCGGCUGUGCGGAAAGCUGAGGACAAGCGAAUAAAGGCGAAGAAAGAGAGUGAGGCCGGGGAUCCACGAUUGAAGUUUGACCUUGAACGGUUCUAUGUUGCACUGUCCCGAAAGCUGUACGAUGAUGGACUAUAAUAAUUACUAGUACAUAAGGUUUUGCUGUUGUUGUGCAAUAAUAAAUGUAUUUUUAUUCCG